AGUUUCCUUUCAAUAAAUGCGAUUCUACUGUACUCGGUUAAAAUGUUCUACCUAGCAUUUUUUCGUCUUUCCAGAUACGUUCUUUACUUUUCAAUCCUUUAGAAACGGUCGUUAAUCGCGAAACACGGUUACCGUGAAUGGGCGACGUCAUUUAUUGAUAACUGCAUUGGUCUUGUCAUUUUUCUACGUUUGGGGCCACGGUUUACGGAACUGUACGAGUACUCGAACAUUUAGGUAAAUACAUACGUGUCGUACAGGCUGUUACAGAACAAUAAUUAGAUUUUUUUUUUUAUCGAAUGAGAAAAAGACAAGCGCGUCACGCACGAUAAAACUUUAGUUUCGCUCCGUUUCAAAGUGAUCAAGUAAGACGUUGUAAGGAGAGCAGUUUAGUAUUUGUGCGAUGGUCGAAGCGCGUCGAAAGGAGCAUCGAAACUUGGCAUCGGCUGAAAAGGUACGAUUCGCCGGUUCUUUGGUACGGAGCGUGUGCCAAGCGUAACAUUUGAACGAGGGCGUAGGCCCGUUUGUGGCGCGCCGAGCAUUCGCGCGAGUGCACGCGAACCGCGCCUGUGUUGGUGACGAAUGUGCACGCGCAUCGGUGGCGGGACGAUUACACGGCCGCUUACACAGUUAGCGUGCACGUCACAGAAGAUAAGCUCAUUGCUCCCGACUCUGAAUGUGGAUUGUUCGACCGAUGAUCGUACACCGUGCACAAUACACGUCAGUCACGAAAACCUACGCUUUUACUAUAAACAAUAAGUAAAUACUAAUCAAUAAAGAAUAUAAUAUAUCCCUUAAAUGUAAAAUAUUCUAGUAAAAGCGUUAGCUGUAUGAAUUCUGUGGGUACAUCGGGACAUAUAUUGUUAAAAAGUAAUACGAUCUUUUAUUAAGAAAAGGAAGUCGAGAGAUAUGAAAUAUAACGCGUUACGAAAAUUAUGUACGUAAAAUUGUUAUACGUAAAAAUAUUCGUAAAAGUGUAGUAGACUUAAAAUUAAUUACGAUAAUUAAGAUAGUUAUUAAUAUCGUCUGGGUGGCCUACAUAAGCGGCGAUAAUGUUCUGCUAUGUCAAUGACGUUGAACAAAUUAGAGAUUUUGUAACUUGUAGUGUAAUUUUAUCCCAAGAUUCUUAAAUCUUACAGUUAAAUGUUUUAAUUGGUUUCAUUGCUUUUAGAAAUGUAUUAAUAAUCCUGUUGGUAUGAAAGUAUAAAUAAUUUUGCGGCUGCGAGUUUUUCAUUUCUUCGAUAAGACAGAUACAAGGUCCGAUAGGUAUAUACGUAGACUUUCGUGACUGACUCUGUAGCGUGUAAAGACUAUAUCGUUUAUCGUGUACUUGUACAAUAGUUGAAUGCACGCGCAAAAUCGCACGCAACUGGGAUCCGACCGAGCGCAUGAAACGCGGUUACAUAACGCAUAAUAAUAUUUCGAUAAUUAGCACGAUGAUUACCCUGCCAUUUCCACCGUGACACGCUUACUAGCGUCUUAAAUUACUGGGUGUAAAAAUUAGUCCGAUGCAUUAGUAGAUAAACGAAUUUCUGCUCAGAUCCCACAUAUAAGUAUUUCUUUGAUCCUAUUCACAGAGACACGAUCCUUCGUACACAUCCUCGCUCUAAUUACGUCGUAUCUGGAAGAAUUAAAAUCGAUCAACUUGAAAUUAAGUUGUUAUAUUUUAGUUCGAUAAUUGUAGAAAUAUCUAGAUGAAGAUUAUCCCAACCGACAGGUUAAGCGACGUUCAUUACCUCUAAUUAACACGAUAAAAAUCGCUUCGGUAGGAAUUCUUUCGCGUAGUCCGUAAGCGGAAGUAGGAGAAUUGUUAAUGCGAAUCGUGCCUCGCCAAGAAAUCUUAGUAAUCCCUGCUCUGUCGUGUCUAAUGCAAUCUAGCGAGAGAAGAAAGGAGGGGUACGAUGAACUCCCAACGUUUCUCUAAGCGAGAAAAGCAGUACCAGCGACAUACAUCUUAAAAUUUGAACUCUUUGCAUUCGCAAUGCAAUUUAUUUUGGUAGACAUUUUUUGCGGCGUAAAUACAGGAUGUAUUGUAAGAUGAUGGAAGCCACUUCUGGCGUGGACAGGAUACGGGAGAAGCACUGAAAAAGAUUCAUAUGCACGCGUGUCCCGUAUGAUCUUGUUUCAAAUUUAUAGCCAUUUUUGUAUUUCAAUGAUCCGCAAUUGCUCGCUUUCGUAGAAAGUGCUCGAGAUAUCCUCGGUCUCCAUGCAAAUUAGCAAUCGUCGUAUCAAAGAAUUCCGCGAUUUUUUUAUUCCUUUAAUCUGUCUAUUCUCGAAGUGGGUCUCGUAUCAUAUCGUAUCACGGUACAUCUUGCAUAUCUAAUUUAUAAAGUCAUUAUACAUGAACUCUGAAUCGAAUCCGAAACUAUGCUCGUCAAGCAAUAAAAUAGUUUGGCAGUUACAGACGUCAGUUGCAUGUCGGUCCUUAGAAAUCAAAAUACUCGUCACAAAUAGCUAUGAUGAUCGUUAAACGGGAAGAACUAUAAAUAUGUCGUUCGAUAGUAAUCGUGGAAGCUUAAAAUCUAAAGUUCCCUCUUCUUUCUCAGUCGACGAAAAGGAUUGUUCAAAAUUCGCCGAGUACACAGGGUUGAUCGAGCUUUCUCUUACAACCUUUUUCAUCUUUCUUCACGCUAGCAGCGACGAAUCGACCUUUCUUUUUCAGAUAUCAGUAAGCACGGUAAGCACGAGAAGAUUCAGCCGUGCAGGAACGCCGAGUUCGAUCCUGUCGUCGGACAGUGACAUUCGAUUUACGAGGAAACUCGGUGGACAGUAUCGUUGCGGAUGCUGCGUGUUAGCCGCAUUCUUGCUUUUCCUCCUCUUCUCUGGAGUCUCCAUAUAUCUUGGCUACACGUUCCUAACAUCGGAUCCCCCGGGUGAUCAGAUUUUCUUGGCGACAUUCCGAGUGAUCGAAGGUGAUUCCUUCGUUUCGGAAUUGGCAGACCCCUCCACCGAAGCCUUUCGAAUACGAGCACGGGAGUAUCGCGAUCGACUUAAUCUUAUCUUCCGCCGCAGCUGGCUGAGAAUCUCUUUCCUCGCUGUGGAGAUACUGGCGCUCGAUGGAUCCGAAGGUGAGAAUUUGGCCGUACAUUUCGAGAUUCGAUUCGAUCCACGAUACCAGACAAUCAGCACUGCCGAUGUCGUGGAAAUUCUUAGACGGGAGAUCGAUCCUACAACCUCGAAAUAUUUAACAAAUCUAACGAUCGACUCGCAGAGCCUCGAAGUUCAAGAGAGCUUGACAGCUCUAAACGCUCAAGUAGCUCAACAAACGACAGUUUCGACGCCACCACCGACCACCACACCACCGCCUCCUAGAAGAUGCACCAGUUUGGAUUUAUCUUACUGCAAACAUCUGCCAUACAACGUUACUUCGUAUCCGAAUAUAUUGGGACACCGUUCAUUGGCCGACGUGGAGGAGGACGUGAUCGCUUUCAGGGAGCUAGUGGAUGCGGAAUGUUACCGAUUAGCGUACGACUUUGUGUGCCAAGUAUUGCAACCAGCCUGCGUAUCGAACCAACCGGAAGACCUGCUACAGCUGCCAUGUAGAAGUUUCUGCAGAGAAUUCUGGAGCGGAUGCGGCAGCCGACUUCCGGACAGAAUUAAACGCCUACUGGAUUGUUCGAAUUUCCCGGAGUACGCGGACCAAGGUGGUUGCAGAGCAAAGCCAGGAUGCGUGCAAGCACUUCAAGCGAAAGCAUUGUCACCGAGAAUUUGCGACGGCGUGAUCGAUUGCCCUGACCUUUCCGACGAGAAAAAUUGCGCUUAUUGUCGCGACGGUCAUAUGCAUUGCGGCGUAGGUAGAACUUGCAUUCCACGUAGCAAGAGAUGCGAUGGAAAAGCGGACUGCGCCAACGGCAGUGAUGAAAAAGAUUGUCUAUCUCUAGCACCAAGUAUUCGAUCCGUGAAAUCACAACCUUCGGAUACACCGUUUGCCGCAAAGUAUAACAGCGAAGGGUACGUGGUGUUCAACGAGAAGGGUACUAUCGGAAAGCUUUGCACCGCAAAUCUGAACGCGACACUGCCAGGAACGGAAAUGGAAACCGUUCUCCAAACUGCCGCCAGCUCCCUGUGCAGCUUACUGACUUACACAGGGGUAAAGUCCGUGGAAGUUCGAAUCGACGACGAAGAGGAUGUUCAAUACGUACAUAUGGAGGAUCCGUCGGCAACAGAGAUUACGUUUGUUAGAGCUCCCUGUCCGAGCAAGGAAGUCAUGUACGUCCGAUGCUCUGAAUUGGAGUGCGGUGUACAAUCUCUACAUGCAAAGAGCGGUAGCCGGGGACUUAAUAAAAUGGCCGAGCCAGGAGAUUGGCCUUGGCACGUGGCUCUGUUCAAGGAAGAUGUACACGUAUGCGAUGCUACGCUCGUGGCGGAAAAUUGGUUGAUUACAACGGCGUCCUGUUUUCAAGGUCAGCCAAAGGCAGAAUGGUCCGCAAGAAUGGGUACUGUACGCCUCUCGAGCACGUCGCCGUGGCAACAAGAACGUAGAAUCGUGGGUAUGAUUAAAUCGCCGGUAGAAGGGAGUACGACUGUCCUAUUGAAACUCGAUCGACCUGUUACCAUGUUUUCGGAUUUCGUAAGACCCGUAUGUUUGCCUUCGAGUCAGGAUCGACCAAUGAAUGCUACUCAUUGCAACACCCUCGGAUGGGCCAGAAAUCGAGAUUUACUACAAAGGGUACAGCUUAAGCACAGCGCGAUGGAACAAUGCGAAAACAUCAGUAUCGCGUCCGUGAAUAGCGUCUGCACAGAACCGGCCUAUUCUACUGACGAUUGUAACGAAGAAGAGGUCGCCGGCAGUCCUAUGUUAUGUCUUCAGCCGGAUGAUCGUAGAUGGGCGCUAACAGGUGUCGGAAGUUGGCGAAUAGCUUGCUCGAAAGCUGGUGUCGAAAGGCCACGAUUAUACGAUAAAAUUUCCUCGAAUAUCGCUUGGAUAAAAUCUACGAUAGAAUAGAUUAUUUCUUAAAAUAGUAUUUAACAAAUUAAUAUGAACUGACUGGGACUGAAAUUGAUAUUACAAUAUACAUACGCGAUGUAGAAUUAUUUCAUCAAAUUUUCCUAUCAUAUCUAACAGACUGUAAAAUACGUAUUGUAAAUUAGCGCGUUAGGACGUAUCAUGUUAUCGUGGGAUACAUUUCUCGUCUCUAUUGUAUAGUUUCGUCAAAGAUUCGUUGUUGUAUCCAUUGUUCGUAAAAUAUCUACAUAUGUGUUACGGCGUUGUAAAGAAAACUAUUUCAGUAAAGUAUAAGUAGUCGAAAAACGAAUAACACGAAAAAUUCCUUUUCUCUGAUAGACUUGCGUUCACAGUGCUCGGAAGGUACAUUUCUGUUUAAUUACGCUUUUAAUCGUUAUUAUUAUAUAAGACUGUUUGCCUGAAGCUCAGAUUUGUCGUGGAUUGUCGAUGGUGAAUGUGCAUGGUUGGUAUGUAAGGUUUCUAUAUCUAUCUCCGGUGGUGUUACAAAGGAACUUGUGCGCAGAGUCAAGGUAGGGAUGGUGGGAGGUUUUAAGUAGAGUUGCUGAAUAAAUGCUCUUCAGUUGCAUGGCAAACAUUGGUCCAGUGAAUACGUUGUUGCGACGCGUAACAGCGUGUACACAGAUUGGAAUUAACCGGCCCGGUGGCAUUAGAAAUAUGGAAUCGAAGAAAUUGUCGGAUCUUUCGGACCUGGCAAAAAUCGAGGAGGUGGUCGAUCACCCGGUUGAGUUGUUCAGGAUUUGGCGCGAUGAGGCACACAGAUACAAUGCAACGCUGGUGGACAUUUGCUGUUUGUCUACUGUUUCGAA